AUGUCCACCACAACAGCAGCCACCGGCCUGGUGAGCAAGCUCCCCAUCCGCCUACGCAAUUUCUUCGCCCGCUAUCCUCCGCAAAUCUACUCCGCGGCCGUACGCCCUCCCGUCACUGAGCCCGAAACACCAGCCCCUGCGUCCGAGGAACCCCUUCCAUCGCCAUACACGCCCAACCGAGAAGCCAAGGGCUUCAAAAAGCCCGACCCGAAAGCCUUCUCCCCCUCCAAAGCGCUCCUCUACUCCAACCCGGAACAUCCCAAUCCCUUCCUGCCUCGCAAGAACUUCCGCAAUGGCAAGUGGAUCAGCCCGCCCAUCGGGCUGAGAAGACAGGCGGAGCUGGUCAAGUUGGCUAUCAAGUAUAAUGUGGAGGCGUUACUGCCGCCUGGGCGCAAGUCGACCGAGUAUAAGGAGACGAGACGGGCGGAGCGCGGACUGGCAAUCAAGGGUACCGGUGUUGGACAGAAGGUCAAGGGUCACAAGUGGGAACGGACAAUGGAGGCUCGUUUGGAGGACAGACGGAAGGCUAUGAUGGAGAUGCCGGAGAUGAUCCGGUUGUGGAAGCAGAGAGGUCAUGGUCGUGGCUGGAGGCAGUGGCCCAAGAGGUGA